UGAAGCACUCUGGGAUUGUGGGAGUAAGAUGGCGGGGAAGAAGAAUGUUCUGUCGUCUCUGGCAGUUUACGCGGAAGAUUCAGAGCCCGAGUCCGACGGCGAGGCUGGGGUCGAAACGGCGGGCGGCGCGCCUGAGGAGAAAGGUGGAUUAGUAUCAGAAGCCUAUGGAGAGGAUGACUUCUCUCGCCUCGGAGGUGAUGAAGAUGGCUAUGAAGAAGAAGAGGAUGAGAACAGCAAACAGUCGGAAGAUGACGAUUCAGAGACUGAAAAACCUGAGGCUGAUGACCCAAAGGAUAACCCAGAAGUAGAAAAGCGAGAUCCUCAGGAAUUAGUUGCCUCCUUUUCUGAAAGAGUCCGGAACAUGUCACCCGAUGAAAUCAAGAUCCCGCCCGAGCCCCCUGGCAGGUGUUCGAACCACUUGCAAGACAAGAUCCAGAAGCUUUAUGAGCGGAAGAUAAAAGAGGGAAUGGAUAUGAACUACAUUAUCCAAAGGAAAAAAGAAUUUCGGAACCCCAGCAUCUACGAGAAGCUGAUCCAGUUCUGUGCAAUUGACGAGCUGGGCACCAACUACCCAAAGGAUAUGUUCGACCCCCACGGCUGGUCUGAGGACUCCUACUAUGAGGCAUUAGCGGGUAGGUUGUCCACACGGGGCCUGCAUCCCCACAUGGCGACGACAGUCUGCUGGCGCUUAGGAGCAGCCGGCCCCUCCACACGAGGGUGCACAGCCCCAGCCCCUGAGCCUGCUGGUGUGAGGCCUCUGCUUGGUGCCAGCCGAGGACCGGCCCUUCCAUUUGUCCAUCGCAACAGGACAGUGAGCCCCAUGGCCUGGAGGCUGGCUAAAGCCCAGAAGAUUGAAAUGGACAAAUUGGAAAAGGCCAAAAAGGAACGAACCAAAAUCGAGUUUGUGACAGGCACCAAGAAAGGUACCACGACCAACGCCACGGCCACCACCACCACCACGGCCAGCACAGCGGUGGCAGAUGCCCAGAAGAGGAAAAGCAAGUGGGACUCAGCCAUUCCAGUGACGACGAUAGCCCAGCCCACCAUCCUCACCACCACGGCGACCCUGCCCGCCGUCGUCACGGUGACCACCAGCGCCAGCGGCUCCAAGACCACUGUGAUCUCUGCAGUGGGCACCAUUGUGAAAAAGGCCAAGCAGUGACCUGAGGGACCAGCUUGGAGUGGCUCGGACAUUCUUCUUCCCGUUGAUGGGAGGAGCCGCUCCGGGGCCCAAGGAGACUGUGUAGCACAGCGACCCACGUUAGCGCGGAGGAGCCGCUCUGUUUAUUUCAGGACUGGGAUCUGCUCCCAGAUGCCACCCCAAGAGGAGCCUCUGUGUGGCUUUCCAGCCAGGGAAAGGACAUUGCCACAGAGGAGUCGGGUGCUGUGGACUGUGUGGACACACCACUUGGGGCCCGGGGCCCUAUUAAAAGUGCCGUGUUCUCCCAGCUCCGGCCUCUUGGCUGCACUGGCCUCUACUGUGGUCUGUUUUCAGGCAGAAGUGGGAGUUCCAAGUGCUCCCUCCAUCUCUUGUCAGGGUCACUACCUCAGGGUUGGUAGUGGAGCGGCCGAAGCCUGUGGCCCUAGUCCCUGGGGGUGGCCUAGGAAGUUGGCGUGGUCACUCCCAGCGUACGCCUCUUGGCACAGGCAGAUGGGAGCCCUGAGGGUAGGGGAGCCCCCCUGGUCCCGCUGUCCACUGCCCUGAUCCUGAAACCCAGCCAUUUCUCAGAUGAGAGCCAAGGCCUCUCUUCCCUUGGGGGUGACUGAGCCCUCUCCCGACCAGUUUUUAGACACACCCAGGCUUUUGAAGUCAAGCCAGUUGCCAGAAGGCCUGGGUUUGAUCCCCAGCCCACACACAGAGCCAGAGAGGCCUCAGCACCCGGCCACGGCGGCCCCGGUCCCUCAGUGCCCGGCGAGCGCGGCCAGCAGGCCCCGCGCGGUGUGGGACAUGAAUCACCUCCUGCCCCGGCCGGCGGCAGCUCGUUGUUUACGUGAAAGCCAGGCUCCUGGGAGGAUCCUGCCACCCCACCUUUCCUGUGCCUGUUAUCUCUGCCCCACAGCAGCGUCUGGGCAGCGCCAGCAGCCGCUGGGCUCCCCUUGAGGCCAAAACCGAUUUCCCAGCCGCCGCCGGCUCCGGAGUCCAGAGGGAAUUUGCUGCCUUUUUUGCUCCCUGGCAGCUCUCCAGGCCAGCGGAAGAGCUCCGUGUCGGAGGGGGAAGCCGGGCCGUGAAGAGCCGUGUAGCUUCUGGGGCACGGAGGGCUGGGAAGGCAGUCCCGAGAGCGCCCCGGUGCCUGCAUCACCGGCCGAGGGUGCUGGUCCCACCCCACCGUCCCCGCAAUUGGACUGGACCCGAGUGUGUCCCUGCUCCCGUGCCCCGCUCCACAUACUCGGGCACUGAGAGCAGUCAGUCCCCCUCCCCGCCAUUGAUGGGACCUCACAACCCUGGCGAGGACCUGCUGCCCCCUUAGCCCCAAGGGGGUCUGUGAAGGCCGCCUGCCCUGCGGCCUCCACCGGAGGCCCCUCCGUAGCUCCGUGCGGCGCCGUGGGAGUGGCGGGAGACCGAGACUCCGCACUUCUGCUCUGGAGCCUGGUUUAAACAAGUCAUGUUUUAGUCGUGUGUCUCGGGCCCUUGUCUCUGUGAGUCUUCUCUGUCAGAUCCCCGUAAUAAAGCUUCCUAAGGCA